AUGUCGCGAAGGCGUCACAAAAGAAUUUACGCGGAACGCGCGAAGAUAAAAGGUGCGUCGACCGCGCAUUUGCCGCGGCCACUAUCGAGACGCCACAAGGUCACUCGCGUUAGGCGAGGCGCGCGGCUCCUCCCGGGUGAAAUCGAUUCGAAAGAUUUUUACCUCGCAACUUUUAAUGGUCCUAUAUCUAGUAAAAAUGUCAAAGGAAUGAUUCGCCUUUACCUGUGCAUCGGCUGA